AUGGAGGAAGCGAAGGCCUACGUUCAUCAGCGUGGACAGGUAAAGGGUAAGGUCACCGCAAUCUUCAAUAGUCUGGAGAGAGCGGAGGACGACCCCUCUCAGGUGAGUGUCCCUUUGUUAAAAGUUUAUUCCAAAAAGUUGGAAACACAUUAUGCGGAAUACUCCGCUUUGCACAAGGAAGUGUUGAGGCUCGUUCCUGCAAGUAAAUUCGACGAACAAGACGAGAAGUUGAACGAGUUUGAUCGUCUUCAUACAGAAACGCUUGUUCGUCUGGAAGGCUUAAUGGAAGCUUUCCAAAAGAAACCUUGUGAUUCGACCACUGCUUUGCAGACUGAUUCUUCCAGAAUCAUUGUUCAGCAGGCACCUCUUAGGGCUCCCAUCCCAACAUUUGAUGGGAAAUAUGAAAAUUGGCCUCGUUUCAAGGCGAUGUUUGAGGACAUCGUCGGCAAAGGUGCAGAUUCUGAUUCCAUUAAACUGCACCACUUGGAAAAGUCCUUGAUUGGUGCCGCUUCCGGAAUCAUUGAUUCCAAAACUUUGGCAGAUAAUAACUACAAACACGCGUGGGAAAUUCUUAUCGAACGGUACGAAAAUCCUCGCGUUAUCAUUGACACUCAUAUUUCGGAACUCUUGAGUAUGAAGAAAAUGAACAGGGAAUCUCAUAAGGAGUUGAGGGAGUUAGUGGAUACUUGUACCCGGAACAUUGAGGGUCUCAAGUUCAUGAAACAGCCAGUGGACGCAACUGCUGGAUUGAUCGUUAACAAAAUUUUGGUGUCUUGCCUUGACCCUGCAACACGAAAGCAGUGGGAACGUACUCUGAAUCAUGGUGAUUUGCCCGAUUUGGACGAUACUUUGUUGUUUUUGAAGGAUCAGUGUCGCGUUUUGGAGCGGUGUGAGGUGGAUAAUCCCUCAUCCGCUAAAUCUCUACCGGGAAAGUCAGCUCAGUCUAAUGCUAAACCUGCUAGCGUCAAGGUUCACUCGACAACGCCGGACGCUAGUAACGAGUCGUGCAGUUUUUGUGGAAUGUCGCACUUCAGCUAUCAAUGUCCUGAGUUUCGAAAGCUAUCCGUCUUGGAGCGUGUUAGUAAGGUGAAGGAAUCUCGUUCAUGUUUCAACUGUCUUCGUCGUGGGCACAAUUCUGUCGAUUGUUCGUCCAAAAAUCGUUGUUCCAAAUGUGGUAAGCGGCAUCACUCCUUGCUGCACGAUGAUGGGAAGAAGCCUGAUCAAGGUGUAAGUCCACCCGCCGCUUCUCCGAAGCCAGCUGAUGCCGUUCAGAAGCCAGUUCAUGUGUCACCUCAGGCCUCGAAUACCGAUUCAGUCCAGUCGGCUACCGUGUCUUCGUCGUGUUCGCAGAGCGUUGCACUCCCAAAUGUUUUGUUGUUGACGGCUAUGGUGCAUCUGCUCGACAAAUUUGGUCAUCCCGUGCCUUGUCGAGCCUUCCUUGAUUGUGGGGCUCAAACGAACUUGCUUUCUACCUCUAUGUUUGUGAAGUUAGGGUUUGAUGGACUUCCUGUGAAUGUCGAUAUCGUCGGCGUCAGCUCCACUCGCAGUAAGUCUAACUGUCUGGUCGAUGUGAGCCUUCGUUCGCAGUGCAGCGACUAUCAAACGACUCUCCAGUGCUUGGUCACCGCGAAGAUCACUAAUCCGUUGCCAUCAAGGCCAAUCGACAUUUCUGAGUGGAAUAUUCCCUCCAAUAUCAAGUUGGCCGAUCCUAAUUUCAAUGUUCCAGCCGCAGUAGACUUACUGAUCGGGAUGGGUCAUUUCUUUGAGCUCUUGAAGAUAGGCCAUAUCGUUCUUGCUGAGGGUCUUCCCGAGUUGCGUGAAACUGAACUAGGAUGGGUGAUCGCUGGUGAAAUCCGUGAUGAAGAACCGGCUUUGGUUAACGUCACACAGGUGAAUUGCGUUGCUAUCGAGUCGCUCAACGAGACAGUCAAGCGUUUUUGGGAGAUCGAGGAGGUUGAAGUUUGCUCUGCUCCCACAGGAGAAGAAGAAGAGUGUGAGGAAUUGUUUCGUAACUCGUAUCGACGUGAUGUCAACGGUAGAUAUAUAGUGAAGCUACCGAUCCGUGAAAAUGUACACGAACUUUCUGAUAAUCGUACAUUGGCCCUUCGUCGUUUUUUUUUUCUCGAAAGACGGUUGCUGAAAGAUCCCGAGCUCCGUCUGCAGUACUCCAACUUCAUCGAAGAGUACAAAUCCCUCGUUGAUGCGUCGGCGAAACCCGUGUCUGGGGUGUCUCUCAACGAUGUGUUGAAGAUAGGUCCCGUCGUUCAGAAUGACUUGAUGUCAAUUCUGUUGCGAUUUCGUAAACAUCCUUUCGUCUUUACCGCUGAUAUUCAGAAAAUGUAUCGGCAGAUUUUGAUUGAUCCUGAACAAACCUCGUUGCAGAGAAUUUUCUGGCGGUCCAACCCAAUGGAUCCCAUCAAGGUUCUCGAGUUAGUGACUGUUACGUACGGUACUUCUGCCGCUCCUUUCUUGGCUACCAGGUCCCUAGUUCAACUGAGUGUCGAUGAAGGAGCCGAUUUCCCUCUUGCAGCUCGCGUGAUACAAGAGGACUGCUAUGUUGAUGAUGUGUUGUCGGGAGCGAAAACCAUUCAAGAAGCCAUUGAAUGUCGUCAACAGCUCCAAACGUUACUAGCCAGGGGUGGUUUUCCGGUGCAUAAGUGGUGCGCCAACGACGAAGCGAUUCUUCAGGAUGUCCCUGAGGCUGAGCGUGAAAAACUUGUUCUUCUUGAUGAUCUGUCGGCAAAUGAAGUGAUGAAGACUCUCGGAUUAACGUGGAAUCCGAGGAGCGAUGAGUUUCUAUUUUGUCAAUCCCCUUCGUCCGAAGAGUCAGCUGUGACAAAGCGUCAGCUGUUCUCCGAAAUUGCGAAAAUGUUUGACCCGUUGGGCUUACUUGCUCCAAUAACCGUUCUGGCUAAGCGUUUGAUGCAGCAAACCUGGGCUGCGAAAAUAGGUUGGGAUGAGUCUCUCUCUGACGACAUCCUUAGAGACUGGUUACAGCUUCGCAAUUCUCUCGCAUCCGUUCGCGACAUCGAAAUUCCCAGACCAGUAACCGGUCCCGCGUAUGAGUCUCUUGAGCUACACGGGUUCGCAGACGCUUCAGGAAUAGCGUACGGUGCCUGCCUGUAUGUUCGCAGUAUUCUCCCAAAUGAUUGUUGUGUCGUCAGGUUGUUGUGUAGUAAAUCUAAGAUUGCCCCUCUGCAAGAGUUGACAAUCCCUCGAAAGGAACUGUGCGCAGCCGUGCUGCUGUCCCGGUUGGUGAAAAAGGUUCAAUCGACAUUGCAUGUUCAGUUCUCUUCCGUUUGCCUUUGGUCGGACAGUCAGAUUGUCCUCUCGUGGCUGCAGAAGGCGCCAGCGAAACUGCAGCCAUUCGUUCAGAAUCGUGUGGUGGAGAUAUCAAGGGAAUGUGGUCUCUACAAAUGGUGUUACGUCCGGUCCAAAGACAACCCGGCCGAUGUGAUCUCCCGCGGCCAGCUCCCACGUAGUUUGAAGGAAAACUCGCUAUGGUGGGAAGGGCCUCCUUUUCUCCAAUCGAAGAUAUACGAAUCACCGGUUCUUGAUCAACUGCCUGAUGGCUUGAUGCCUGAAAUGAAACCAGUUUCGGUCGUGGCAAUGCCCGUAGUGAAUUGUGACAAUCUGCCACUCUUUAAGAAAUUCGGAUCUCUACGUAAACUGCAGCGUGUUCUUGCCUACGUUCAGCGAUUUUUGAAGAAUUGUUGUACCAAGAAUCCGGAGGAUCGUGUCAAGUGUAAAUAUCUUACCGUCCCCGAGCUUCGAUCUGCUCUCCAUACUAUCGUUCUGGUUAUUCAACGCGAAUCUUUGUCCGAUGAAAUCGAAAAAGUGGAGAGCGGCGAACCGUCUAAACGGUUGAAGACUCUCGGCCCGUUUCUGCAGAACGGUGCCUUACGAGUGGGUGGUCGUAUUCAAAAGUCUCGAAUGCCAUUUGAUGCCAAGCAUCAGUAUAUCCUGCCAAAGCAUCCACUCACUGAUUUGAUUAUUCGCCAAUAUCAUUUGGAACAUUUACACAUUGGUCCUUCUGGUCUGUUGUCAGCUCUUCGUCAACGCUUCUGGUUGUUGGGUUCGCGUUCCGCCGUGAGGAAGAUUACCAGGACAUGUGUAGAGUGUUUCCGGGUGAAGCCACGAGGUGUGGCACAGUAUAUGGGCAACCUGCCACAAAGUCGCGUAACCCCUUCCGCACCGUUCGAAGUCACUGGGGUGGAUUAUGCGGGACCUUUCCUGAUUAAACAAUCCGGUCGGAAGUCUGUUGCAGUUAAAGCGUAUUUGUGUGUGUUCGUUUGCUUGGUGACGAAAUCCGUCCACUUGGAGCUCGUCUCGGAUAUGUCAACUGCUGCUUUCAUUGCUGCCAUGCAGCGUUUCAUUAGUCGCAGAGGAAUUGUUCGUGAGUUUCACUCUGAUAAUGGUAGCAAUUUCCGUGGAGCUAAAGCUGAGCUCCACGAGUUGUAUUCGAUGUUUCGUGAUAAUGUCACUGUCCACCAAAUCGAGUCAUUUUGCCAGAACAAGGAGAUUGCCUGGCACUUUAUUCCGCCUGACGCCCCUGAAUUUGGUGGAAUGUGGGAAGCUUCAGUGAAAAGCGCGAAGUAUCACAUGAAGCGUAUCAUCAAGGGAACUCCGUUAACCUUUGAGGAGAUGUAUACUCUGUUAACGCAAAUUGAAGCGGUCUUGAACUCGCGACCGCUUUUUUCGAACUCAGACGAUCCCGCUGAGGGUGAGGUCAUCACCCCAGCUCACUUCCUCAUAGGCCGCCCUCUGACGGCCGUACCGGAGCCUUCCUACGAAGGUCUCAAUACAAAUCGUUUGUCAAAAUGGCAGCACCUGCAGCAAAUGCGGGAACAUUUUUGGAGAUCGUGGGUGCACGAUUAUCUCGUUAGUCUCCAACCAAGAGGGAAGAACUUCGUUCGCUUUCCAAACGUUUGUCCUGGAGCUAUCGUUCUGUUGGAAGACAAGACACUUCCGCCCCUGCAGUGGAAGUUGGGAAAAAUCGUCCAGGUUUAUCCCGGGGAAGAUAAUCUGGUCAGGGUAGUUGAUGUCAAAGUGGGAAACGCUGUGUACAGACGGCCGAUUACUAAAAUUUCUAUUCUUCCAAUAGAGGACAAUAAUGCCGAUGGGGGGCCUCAGGGUUCGAUCGACAACCGCCCGGGGGAUGAUGUUCGCAAUAGCGAAGAUUUGUAG